AUGACGAUCGGGAUCACUGGCUCUCGGACAGAUCCUCGGAUUUUCUUCCAGUCCCGCGCAAGCGUGUUCAACGGCAAAGAGGUCGCUGUCAAAGUUCUGGUGAGCGGAGGAAGUGAGGCAACCUUCACAGGGGAUCUUUUCGAGUCGCUCGUCUCUGCAAACAUGCACCACCCCAACGUGGUGGGAACCUACGAGGUGCUGACAGUGGAGCAGCCAUCAGCGCCUCUUGAGGCGUCCCACAGCAUCUGCAGACACAGCAGCAGAAGUGACAUGGCCAAGGAAAGGCAUGCGCCCCUGGGACCGCUUUCCCCCUUGAGGGAAGCUCCCGAGCUGGACAGCCUGAUCAGCUUCUAUGAGAGGCAGCGAGUCAGCAAUCAGUUACCGCAGGAGCCUGUUCUGGCGGCAUGCAACCCCCUCUGCCCUGCUGGCACCAGCGCCUUUGCAGCCAAUUGCGGCGCGCUUGCAGCCGCCGAGGAUAACACGAGCGAGUCUAAUGAUGGUGAAAGGCAUGGCAGCCAACCUGUACUAGGGAACGAGCCGCGAGGCAUGCUGGGCCCGGACGGUAUUUUCAAGGCCUCUCGCGCGUCAUCCACCCCGCUGCCGCUGUCGCCGUUCGACGCGGCCGUCUCCCAGGCUAAUAUUGAGCCGAGCAGCGGCGGUGACAGCGGCGGCGGCUGCGGCGGCUCCGCGGCCGCACACGCGCUCAUCAGCAUGCAGCGGCACUCGGCCGACGGCGGGGUGGGAAACUACGAGGUGCUGACAGUGGAGCAGCCAUCAGCGCCUCUUGAGGCGUCCCACAGCAUCCACAGACACAGCAGCAGAAGUGACGUGGCGAAGGAAAGGCAUGCGCGCCCGGGACCGCUUUCCCCCUUGAGGGAAGCUCCCGAGCUGGACAGCCUGAUCAGCUUCUACGAGAGGCAGCGAGUCAGCGAUCGGUCACCGCAGGAGCCUGUUCUGGCGGCAUGCAAACCCCUCUGCCCUGCUGGCACCAGCGCCUUUGCAGCAGCCAAUUGCGGCGCGCUUGCAGCCGCCAAAAACAGGAGCGAGUCUAAUGAUGGUGACAGGCAUGGCAGCCGACCUGUACUAGGGAACGAGCCGCGAGGCAUGCUGGGCCCGGACGGUGUUUUCAGGGCCUUGCGCGCGUCAUCCACCCCGCUGCCGCUGUCGCCGUUCGACGCGGCCGUCUCCCGGGCCGAGGUUGAGCCGGGCCGCGGCGGCAACAGCGGCAGCGGCUGCGGCGGCUCCGCGGCAGCACACGCGCUGGUCAGCAUGCAGCGGCGCUCCUUCGACGGCGCGGCGCGGCCUACGGCGGCCGAGCGCGGCUUCUGCGCGGACGGCCCCGGCAGCGUCGGCGGCUCAUCGACCGGGCCGAGCUCCAGCUGGUCAAGGAGCAGCAGUGCAGGGCCGAGCUCCAGCUGGUCAAGGAGCAGCAGCAGCUGCAGCGGUGGGACUGACGGGGGGUCCCACCUCAGCGCAAGGUCCCCCCUCCCGGACCUCCCGCAGCCGCAGCCGCCGCGGUCGUCGCAGGUACUAAUUGUGAUGGAGCUGGCAGACCAACGUUCCCUCCAUCAUGCAAUCGCCAAGGGCCGCCUUGCUGAUAAUAUGGAGGCUAUUCUGCUGUGCGCUAUGGAUGUGGCGGCGGGCAUGGGCUACCUCCAUUCCAUGGGAGUGAUUCACGCAGAUCUCAAGCCCGCCAAUGUGCUGCUCAUGAGCACGCCCGUCACUGCUGAAGACCCCCGCGGCUUCACCUGCAAGAUCGCCGAUUUUGGGCUGGCGCGCUUGCUGGUGUCAGGCAGCAGCCAUGCGGACACCGACAAGCUCGGCUCGCUGCCGUACUUGGCCCCGGAGGUGCUGCAGCGGGGCGAGGUGGCCAAACCGGCCGAUGUCUACAGCUUCGCUGUGCUGCUCCUGGAAUUGUGGUGCGGCCGCGUUGCGUACGCCGGCGAGAACGCGCACGGGGUGCUGUACAGCGCGUUCUGCGGCCGCCGGCCGCGCGUCCCGGCCGACACGCCGGCCGCGUACCGCGCGCUGCUGCAGUCCUGCUGGGCCGUUGAUCCGCAGGCGCGGCCGAGCUUUGAAGCCGCGCACGCUGAGCUGGCGUCCCUGAUGGCGGCCGCCAGAUCAGGCCAUGGUGACGUUUGCCCAAAUUAG